GCCGCGCCGUCAGUCGAAUUCGCGCUUUCACCCGGUCAACAACGCGCUGCUGUACAAUGGGCCGUCGACACUCGAAGACGACGACUACGGCGAAGUUCUUCGGCGUCGGAUUUGCGACGACGUGUCUGGUGGUGGCGGUGAUAAUCGAAGGUGGCUUCGCGGCAGUCGAGGACCAGGCGUCGGUUGAUAAGAGGGUGGACGAGUUCUGGGAGCUGGUGAAGAAGUACGUCGAAGAUGAUGUCAGAUUGAAAGACAAACCCUUCACGAUACUGGCACCCCAGAACUCCGUCCUUAACGGCUCGGCAACAAAACUUCUCGCACCAGAUGCGGUCAAGAAACUGGUGGACGGUCACGUCGUGCCGGACCUCAAGCUGGACUUGGCCAAGUCAAGUGGGAAUAUUUCGGUAACGACGCUGGACAAUCGGACGAUAGAAAUAAAGACGGAUGGCAACGGGACCUUCUGGGCGAAUAACGCCACGGUGGUGGAGAAAGAAAUUGUUGUACCUAAUGGGAUCCUGGUAAUCGUCGACGGUUAUCUGUUCCCUCAGCCGACGCCCGUCGAUGGGAGCACCACCGAACAGCCGCCAAAACUCGACCCGAAACGGGACGAGAAACAGGCAAAUUUGGCCCCGAGAAAGCCGCCCUUUGCCGCCCCCAAGGCAUCUGCCGCCACGGCUACGACCGCCUCCUCUUCUAUUGGAGCCGCCGUCGCCGCCAAGAGUCAAUCGAACGUCACGUUCGUGGAGAACGUGAUGGAAGUUCUGUCGUUCCUCAAGAGCGGGGUGCGGGUGUUCCAGCACUUUCUGUCCAGAUCGAACGUAUCGAGGAUGUUGAAGGAAGGCGAAGAAUACACCGUCUUUGUACCCACAGAUCACGCUUUCCAACGGUGGCACCCCAUCGAUUGGGGAUUCUACCCUUUCAGCGUACCUGAGUUCACAGAAAGCGUCAUAGUGAACCACUUCGUGAAGGGCAGACUGAAGCCGGACAACAUCAAAGACGGCCAAGUGGUGGAAACACUAGGUGGCAGGGAGAUCGCUUUUAAGAGGACUCCUGUUUUGACAGCCAAUGGUGCUGCAGUAGUUAAAGGUGACACUCCACUGAAGAAAGGGAACAUAGUAUUUAUCGGAGAAGUAUUGUUCGUCAGCGAGUCGGUCGUAUCCAAACUGCACCAACAACACAGGGAUAAAGAAACACCACCUUUACUGGCUUUUCCUUGGUUUGGAGCUCAGUUUCUAUCUCACGCAUUUUUGGCUUUAGAAAGAGAUAAACGAUUUACGCACAUAACCAGAUUCCUCAACUUAGCUGAUCUCGCACCGCACGUUUCGGGGGCAGGCUACACGUUUUUCGUACCAACAGAUACAGCUUUUGAAGAACUAGGUCUGGACAAAAUGCCCGAUAACUACUUAUCCAACGGAGAGGGCUUAGAAAUUCUCCUUAACCAUUUUGUCAAAGGAAGACUGUAUGAUAAAGACUUAAAAAAUGGAACAGUCCUCAAUACACUGGGUAACCAAACAUUGACAGUAGAAAGAACUCCAGUCGAUGUUCAUAUCAACGAAGCUGUCAUCGUAGAAAGCGAGGUAUUCGUCUACAACUUGGGCACCAUGUUCUACAUAGACAAAGUACUCUACGCCACCAUUAAAGUCCCGUCCAUACCGAUAGGUGGAGCUCUAAGACCCACACAAGCGACAACGACAACUCCCAAACCAACUACAAGACCAACAGAAUUUACUACAGCCGAAGAUACAGAAACAGUGACUGGUGUUUUGACAGGAGAACAAGAUUCAUUUCCGGAAGUUUUAUUUGGCGAUGGUACGCAAGAAAGUGUGACCAGCGAUGUGGAGUACACUACGCAGAGUACCAAACAGAACUCAUCCUCCUUGAAAUAAGUUUAAUUUAGCUUAUUUUCUAAGAAUAAAUUUAAUGCGACAGUAUUUUAAUACAAAGUUAAAAAUGUUUCUUGAACCACCGUAAAAUAUUGCUAUUUAGAUAUUAUUUUGGAAUUUAUAAGCUUUUUUAUUAGACAUGUUGAAUUAAUUCACCAGAGACUUUUUGUACCGAGUACCAAGAAAAAAAUCCAAUUUAUUGUUAACUUUAUUAUUAACAUAAACUGUACAUUUAUAUAAAAUAAAAAAUAUAUUACACAUACUGGUAUACAUUUGAAAAUGUCAAAGUAGCAGUGGUUUAUGGUAAAGUAUUUAUAACAUAUUUGUUAUAUAUUGUUAUAUAGGGCGAGUCUUAAAUAAGUGCGCAUAAUAUUUUCAGGGCUGGUAGAUCUCGAUAAAUAAACAUAAUGUUUCUUUGCCAUUUUUCAAAUAAGUCCAAAAUAACCGAGAUAUUUUAAUUUGAAAAUUAAAAAAAAUAUCUAUUUUUCUCUUAAAUUUUGAGUCACUGGAUAAACAUCAAGAAAGAAAACCUAGAAAACUCUGGGUUUUCUUUCUUGCAAAUUUAAUCUACCACCAUGAAGAUAUUAAGUGUUUUAACCAAAAAUUAAAAAACAAUGCAAAAAAAAAUCAAAAAAUGCCAAAUUUUCUGGGGUAGUAAUAUACUUCCCUUAAAAAUAUUUGCACUUAUUUAAGAUUCACUCUGUAUAUUAUAGGCUUGAGAAAUAUUCAUAAUUUUGUAACUACGAAUGCUACUUUUUUGUAACCUUGAAUAAAUUAAAUGGUGUAAAAUAAGUAAAAAAUGUUCUUUAGUAAUUUAUAAUACAUUAGUCUUAUGAUGCAUGUUUAUUAUUUUUAAAUUAAAAUUUUAAUAUACAAAUUUGUGGAAUAACAGCUUAGAAAUAAGCUUUGUAAAUAUAGAGUACAGGACAGCAAUUUGUUUUAUAAAAUUCACUUAAAUUUAAUCAAAAAUUAUAGACAGCGGCAAUAUUCUGUAUUUUCUCAUGACAUAAUUUAAAAUCAGUUUUCUAUGUACUACAUAAAAUUAAACAUUUAUGAGAGUAUAGAUUAUUAUAUAUAAUGAAAAAACGUCGUCAAGUUAGCUUAGAAAUGACGAUUGAUGACCAUUUACCGUCUAAUUAUACAUAUAAAAUGACAGCGAUGUUCAUUUCCAAACAAAUUCUGACGAAGAUUUUUUUAGAUUGCAUGGUAUUUACUUUAUUAUUGGGGUAAAAAUUGUUAAUUUCACUAUUCCAGAAAAAUUGGAAUUUGUUUGUGUUUACUUUCCUUCUCAAGUCAAUAUAAGCAAGUAAAUAUAAUCAAGAUUACAUUGAAAUUUCACCUGCCAACUUCUAAUCCCAGUUCUUGUUUGUACUCUUUGUUCUGUUUGUUUCAGUUUUUUUAAUAUAAAAACUUAUUAUAUUUUUGUUUAUAUAUAGAUCAUUAUAGUAGAAUUAAAUUAAUGUUUAUUAGUGUAAAAGAAUGUCUAUAAAGUCUCCAAAACAAUUUAAGUAUUGAUAAUAAAAUUCUUAUAUUUUUAUAUUUUAAAUUAUUAUUACUAAUAUUAUAGAACGCACACAAGUAUUUUAUUAAUUUUUAUUUUAUUUUUUCAUUUAUAAAUUGUAUAUAAUAUAUCGUAAUUUUGAUUUAAAAAAGUUGUUAUAUCUAAAGCAUAGAUAGCUUUUAUAUUUGUAUUAGAUAAAAGAUCAAAAAUAAGAUAAUAAAGCUAGAAUCAUAUCACAUUCCUAAUAAAGUAUAUAUAUUUAUAUUAUAUAAUAUUAUAAGGCAAUUAUUGUAAGUGUUUUAAAACGUACGACAAAAAAUAUUGAUAAAUUUUUGUAUACCAGAUUUUUCAAAGACAAAAAUGCAAAAAAUUUAAUGUGAUUCAUAUCACUCUAAGUUAUGAACAAAUAAAUGGGUUUUGGAAAAUUUGGUAUAUAACAAAGAUAAUUUUUAAAAUGACUGAUCAAUGUUAGUGUUUGCAAGUUUGUUUAUAUUGUAAGAUUAGUCGUAAAAUAUGAAUAAACUGUUCCAUCUCAAAGUAUACUUAUAAGAAUACAGUGAUUACCAACUUUAUAUUCAUACAUCUGUCCAGUAAAUAAGGACAUGAAAAGACCCAAGUCUCGGCGUAAUCCGUCGACCUUGACUUUUUAGACGGAUUGUGUAUCUUGGACAGUAGCUUUAGGGGAAAAAUUGUAACCCCGUACUUAGCCAAAAAAAUUGGCCCCAAAUGGCCCAAAUAUUAGUUUUUCGCAAAUAUCUGCUUAAAUAUGCAAUUUACAGAAUUUUUAUUGAAAUCAAAGAUGAAGCUUAGGUAAUUGCCUACAAAAAUGGUCUGUAUCAUUUUUUAGGUAGAACUAGUAUUCCGCUUCGAAGAUCCCUGAAUUUUCUUAGUCAUUAACGCUCCGAA